AUGCCCUGCCUCCACACGAGGAGCCUUUUCCUCACGCUGUGUUUGGCCUCACCUGCUUGGUUGAGUUUGCACCCUGAAUGUGAAUACAUAUUUCAGCUGGAACAAGAGCAGCUCCACUGCCUUCAGUACAUCGCCGAGCAGGCAAACAACAGCACAGAGGGCUGCUAUCCUAUCUGGGAUGCAGUGGCCUGCUGGCCUCAUGCAGCCGUUGGAGAAACUGUCCACAGAGCGUGUCCCUCUGUCUUUUCCCUCUUCAAGAACGACACAGGAUCAGUGAGCAGAAAUUGCACUGGUGGCGGCUGGUCAAGGCCGUUCCCUCCCUACCAUAUUGCCUGCAGCGUGGAAGAUGCCAUUCCAGAGACUGAAGAGUGGUAUUUCGCCACAGUGAAGCUCAUAUACACCGUAGGUUACAGCGUCUCUCUGGCGGUGCUGGCAGUCGCUGUUUUCAUCCUGUUGCUCUUCAGGAAGCUGCGAUGUGCGAGGAACUUCAUCCACAUACAACUCUUCAUUACAUUCAUCCUAAAAGCUGUGGCAGUGUUCAUAAAGGAUGCGACUCUGUUCUCAAAUGACAUUACCAACCACUGCACCCUUUCCACCUUUGCCUGUAAGGCCUCUGUGGUCUUCUGUCACUACUGCGUAAUGGUAAAUUUUUUUUGGCUCCUGGUGGAGGCGCUCUACCUCAAUUCCCUGCUGCUCUCCUCUUUCUAUCACAGCCGCCGCUGCCUCUGGGGCUUCAGUCUUCUAGGCUGGGGUGUACCUGUGUUCUUCAUAGUCCUUUGGAUUGGAUCCAGGGUGUAUUUUGAGGACACAGAAUGUUGGGACGUCAAUGAGGAUUCGCCCUACUGGUGGAUAAUUAAAGGGCCAAUUGUUGUCUCCAUAGCAGUCAAUUUUAUGCUCUUUAUGAAUAUCAUCAGAAUCCUUGUACACAAGCUCAACCCCCGGCUGAUUCAGUUCAAUAACUGCUCUCAAUACAGACGUCUGGCUAAGUCCACCCUCCUCCUCAUCCCUUUGUUUGGUACUCACUACAUGUUCUUCAAUUUUCUGCCCGACUACUUCAAUAUUAACCUUCGUCUUUGUAUGGAGCUCUGCAUGGGGUCCUUCCAGGGUCUUCUGGUAGCAAUUCUCUAUUGUUUUCUCAAUCAAGAGGUCCAGAAGGAGAUCCACAUGCAGUGGCUCCGUUGGAAGGAGAGGAGUUAUGGAGUGGUGUCUCCCACUGCGAAGGGCAGCCAGAUGGACACGCCCUUCUAGCCGCAUGACAAGGCCUCUUGCUGCCGGACUUACACUCACUGAACAUUCACACAGCUUCAGUGUU